CCGAUCAUGUCUGCCGUUGAGUGCUGUAUAAACAAACAGACUCUCACACAACGUUGAGAAGAUACUGCACUGUUCUUUCACCGUCACGUCGUCGCAUACGCCAAAUAUUACGCUCAACUCUCGUAGCUCUGGAGGAACAGCCAUCUUCUAGCCAUCAUCUCUGCAAUCCUGCACAAGUGGAAGUAGCCUUGCUGCCGCUAUGUCACUGUAUGCGCGCUUGAAGCAGAAGCGGGCAUCCAUCUCUUCCAGGACCUCUUCCCGAGGCUCCAGUCCUGCGCCGGACUCGCAAGCAGCUAGGAGGUCGUCCGUGGACACGAGACAACAGCACGCCCUGAGCGUCACUUCCGCUGCCACAGGAAGCUCGGCGUCCAGCACCAGGCUGCACGACCCGAAAUCUCCUCCGCUUCAGAGCCUUUCGGCGCUUCCUGCAGACAUUGGCGCCGCGAAUAAAGCAGCACCUCAACCUCUCGCUGCUGAGAGCAAAUCGAAGCAGACGAUCGUCAAUGGAAGUAAAGCAGCGCAGGAGGAUUUGGCGGGCUCGGCAAAUGGCGCCUUCCAGGCUCAGCCGCCCGUCACAAAGCCAGGCUUGAACGGAAUCGAGACGCUCGCGCAGGAGGGCAGCGCAGCAUCCUCGCCCUCUACUUUCUCGAGAGCUCGCUCCGCCUCUUUGCAGAAAGGAGCAGCAGUGUUGCGUGCUCUGGCAAGAGCGCCAUCCGACGAGGAGGGCCUCACAAGAUCAGGCUUGACCCCUCUGACCAAUGGGCGCGCACUCGAUGCCAGAGAUCCGGACCUUUCCUCGGAUCCGGACCUCAGCGAGCGAUCCGCUCAUGCCGGCCCGGUUCCAACACCGUUCGGCAUCUCCUCGCCCGAUGAGCCCGUGACGCCCGGUCUGUCGGAUGAGGCAAAGGCCUCUGGUCGGGAGCAGCGAGAGCUUAUCAGGCGAAGGGGAGAUGACAAGACAGUUGAGAAGAUUGUAGGGAUGGAUCCGCAUGACAAGGAAAAGCGCAGGAAUCUCAAGUAUGUUAGGGCCAAGAGCUGGGAAAUACCGCGCAAGAUUUUCCACGGCAGCAUUGGCUUCUGGGUUCUCUGGGCAUAUCUCACCCACAUUCCGAAGGAGGACAUCAUCCGCAAUAUGGCAAUCUUUUUGUCUGUUGUAGUGACGGCCGAUGUCAUCCGACUCAACUACCCUCCUUUCGAGACCUUGUACGAACAGGUCCUCGGCUUCCUCAUGCGAGAAGCGGAGAAGACUCGCGUAAACGGUGUUGUGCCGUUCCUGGUGGGCGUCAUCAGCGUUCUGCAUUUCUUCCCGGAAGACAUUGCUUGCGUUUCUAUCAUGAUGCUCUCUUGGGCGGACACGGCUGCCUCCACGUUCGGAAGGCUCUACGGCGCUCGCACUCCGCCCCUGCCUUCGCCCCCUUUCGCAUCUCGCAAGUCAUCCGCUGGAUUCCUGGCUGCCGUGCUCGUCGGCACCACAGCCGCAUUCGUCUUUUGGGGCACUCCGAUCGCUCAAAUCGGCGAGCGGGCUGCAGGAGCUAGCUGGAUCGCAUCCUACGCCCGCUUUGGGGCCCCGCAGACUCAUGGUCACCUCUCCUCUGGCUGGUCAGGCGUCAAGUACGGUUUCAGAGCCGUGCCACCACCGUCCAACUUUGUCCAAGCUCGCGGUGCUCAAGCUGUUCGAGCCGUAAAGCAACAAGCCGCGAAAGGUCUAGGCUCCUGGUUUUCGACAUCAUCGCCAGCUGUCCCUUCAAUCAGCGAUCCCACUCCUGUCUUAUCCGCUUUCACGCGCGCUGCUGCUGCGCCUGCUGGAGCGCCGCCUUCUUUGCCACUGCCAAUCUUUUGCAUCAGCUCUGGGCUUGUCGCUGGCAUCGUCGAAGCACUGGAACUAGGCGGUGUUGAUGACAAUCUCUCUCUACCUGUCGGUAGCUCUCUCGGCAUGCUGCUCGUCUUAUGGUCUUGGGGACGCGUCGCUACGGCACUCGGCCUCACCGCCUAAACACGACCUCGGAGCGAAAGCCCCUUCACCAACUUCGCCGUCACUGCGUCUGAUCGCUGCAGUCGCUCCUUCCGAGACAUUCGUGUACUCGACACGGAAGUCGCGCGCGCGCGCGUGUCGUCAGGCAGCAAGCCUAUACCCAUUCCGAUUCUCUUCUCCCUUCAACAGGCCAAGCACUUUCUCUCUGUAAUCCUAAAGCCUUGUGUAGACAUGUGCGAACACCUCGCGCACAAUUCUUCCUUUUUAGGAAGCGCGCGGCUCUGCGUUGUUCGACUAUAGACUCUUUCCUCUCUCCUGGAGACAAGUAAUCAAUCAAUCAGCC